AUGCUACGCCUCAUAUCAACAUCCGCCCCUUACAUACUCUCACCACACCCAUGGACGCUUUCGAUGCCGUUCGAGUAUGUAGGUCGGAACAAAACUCAGCUCCUUGUCCCGGAUUUAGGUACAGACAAGGUCUGGAGACUCACCAAACGGAAUGAUGGCAAGUGGUCCAUUCGCGAUCACAUAGACUUUGAAGCAGGCGGUGGCCCACGACAUAUCGCAGCUCGAGGAAAUACCCUUUACACGCUACUGGAACUCACCUCAAAGCUUGCUGUACAUACCUUCCCGCCGCGUCCGGUGCCCCCUACUCGUCUUACCUCUGUUCACACUUUCUGCAUUACCGAUACCGGAUACCAUGUUGGCAGCGGAAAUUCUGCUACUCGAACCCAACGCAUCCUUCCUUGA